AUGGCACCCCUGCUGCAGCGCCAGGCAGCCCAGACCGGCAAUACAAGCUCCUUCAAGCAGGCUAUGAUGCCCUCAUUGCCCGCUGGAGCUAGGCCGAUCUUGAGGAGGUGCACGGGCAGCGGAGCCAGCAGCAGCAAUGGAGCACGCAGGGGUCAGAUACAGGUAUCGUGCAGCCUGGUCAAGCGGGCGGAGGAUGUGCACGCAGUGAAAAAGCUGCCCAAGCCCGUGCCCCGCAGCACACUGCGCAUGGGCCUGCCCAGCAAGGGGCGCAUGGCAGAGGAUACCAUUCAGCUGCUCAAGGACUCUGCGCUCUCGGUGUACAAGCCCAACCCCCGGCAGUACGUCGCAUCCAUCCCCCAGUGGCCUUGA